AUGAACCAACCCCUAACCCAACCGAACCCAGAAGGCAGCGACCAGUCACAGCAGCCACCACCUCCUAUCCACACAGAAGUAGAAGAUGAUGAUGAGAAUGUAAAACAACUCAAAGAUUGCUCUGUUAUCUACCUAUCCUUACAGGAUUGCCUUGUUAAGACUGACAGGAAUUGGAAAUCUUGUCAAGUGGAAGUCCAGGCCUUGAAGGCAUGCAAUGAGAGGAGGAAUAAUGGCAGAGGAAAGUGA